CCGCGCGGCCCUACAAAGGCGGCGGCGGCGGCGGGGCGGCCGCUACUCACCGGCACCGGCGGGCUCGACGGGGCCGUGCUCCGGCUCCAGGCGCGGCCAUGAGGCGGCUGUAGGGCCCGGGAGCCGCCGCCGCUCCGCUGCCUUCGGCCGCCGCGGGGGGCUCGGCGGGGCGCGGCUCUGCUCGGGGUGGAUGCCGGCCGGGGCCGGCCGCUGCCGGCACCAUGCACACCGUGCAGAAGGACACCACCUUCACCAAGAUCUUCGUCGGGGGGCUGCCCUACCACACCACCGACUCCUCCCUCAGGAAGUACUUCGAGGUCUUCGGGGACAUCGAGGAGGCGGUGGUGAUCACGGACCGGCAGACCGGCAAAUCCCGAGGAUACGGCUUUGUGACCAUGGCAGACAGAGCUGCUGCUGAAAGAGCAUGCAAAGACCCAAACCCCAUCAUUGACGGCAGGAAAGCAAAUGUGAACCUGGCGUAUUUGGGAGCAAAACCAAGGAGUAUUCAAACUGGUUUUACCAUAGGUGUGCAACAGCUACAUCCAGCCUUCAUUCAGAGACCCUUUGGACUCACGCCUCACUAUGUUUACCCCCAAGCCAUCAUCCAGCCCAGCGUGGUGAUCCCUACCCCCGUGCAGUCCAUCACAUCUCCCUACAUCGACUACACGGCCGCCAGCCAAGCCUAUUCCCAGUACACCACAGCUGCCUACGACCAGUACCCCUACGCUGCCUCUCCCGCCGCCGGCUUCGUGGGAUACGGCUACACCACGGGCACGGUGCAGCCGCCCCUCAGCGCCGGCACCCCCGCGGCGCCCGCCGCCGCCUUCGUGCAGUACCAGCCGCAGCAGCUGCAGCCCGACCGCAUGCAGUGAGGGCCUGCCCGCAUGCAGUGAGGGUCCGACCGCAUGCAGUGAGGGCCCGCCCGGCCCGGCCUGACCUCAUGCAGUGAGGGCCCGCUCGGCCCGGCCUUCCUGGACAAUCUCUUACCCUGCAAGGAUACCACUAGGACAGCAAAACCACAAAAGAAAAAAUAAUUAUAAAAGAGACAAAAAACCGACCCGCACCCAAAAAAAAAAAAAAAAAAAAAAAAAAAUCACCCCAGCCCUUUAUCCCCCUGAUGUAGGUGCAUAUUGAUGCCUAAGCUAUUUAUAGUGUUGAGGGCAAACCCCCAAAUCCUUGCAGUCUGAUUGUGCUUAUGAAAGUGGACUUCUGGUAAGUUUUUUUCCCCCCCUUUUUUUUUUGCCUUCAAUCUGGACAGAUACUGUCUUGAAGAUGUUCUAAAAGCGGCUGAAAUGUUUCACAGGAAAACGACAGAUUCUUGCACACAUCGCAGUCUGCUUCCAUCACCUGUGGUCUUCUUUCUGCCCCCUUCCUUCCUCAUCCAGCCUACAAUCCUCUUAUUUACUGGUGAGGUGCAGAGGUACUUGGAGAACGUGGAAAAAAAGCAAUCUUAUUUUUUGGUUGUACAAAAACUUUGUAAUACUCAGAGAUGCCUUACAGAAAAAAAAAAAGCAAAAGAAAAACUAUUUUUUAAUAUUUAUUGCGAUUUUAUUCGCAUGAGCUGUGAAUUGCAGACAGAGGAAUAGUAGUAAGUAUCUGCCUUGUUUAAUUCUCAUUUUACUAAAUUAUUGUAUGUAGGUAAAAGUUCUUAAGUAAUUGCUGAAUCACUUCAACAUGCAAAAGGGAAUAUUGGCUUGAAGGAGAGCAGAAUAUUCCUUUAGUCAACGCACUGUACUAUUUUCUUAUUGUAAUUGUUACUCUGUUAAGAUUAUCUCAAAUUUAGGUAUAUUUUUAAAUGCAAAAAACCAACCAAGAAUACUGAACAUUUUGUCUACUUUGGUAGAUCUUUUGUUACAAUGCUGCAACCUAUGGAGACAUUUACAGUAUUUAUGUAAAAGAGAUCUGGGGCUGUUGGCCAGCAAGGUUUAGGAGAAUAUCAUGAGUGGAGCAAUAGAGAAAAAGGUGUUACGUCGCUGAACAAAUGGGUAAAUGUAACCUUUUUAUGCCUGUAAUCCAGCAGCCAAAUAAAGGAAGAGAACAGGCGAUGUAAGUGCAUUUCUACAAAGACAGCAAUAAACUAUUUUAACUUUUAAGAUUA